CUUAGAAGUGUGUAGGGAUAAUCUAUAAAUACGGAAGUAGGGGGGUCGUGACCAAAAAAACCUUUCGCGUAUCAAUCAAGUUAAGAGAUGGAUCAGAGCGAGAGCAAACCUAAUCGUCCUCCGGUGAUUCCCACCUGGUCGGAUCUUUGUCCGGACUUGCUACGAAGUGUUUUCGGACUAUUGAGUUUCACAAAUCUGAAGUGAGCUAAAUUAGUUUGUAGGUCAUGGAACUCUGCUUCGAGAAGCUGCGUCCCCAAGAAAAAUCAGAUUCCUUGGCUGAUACUCUUCCCUAAAGAGAACCAAACCAAUAGCAAUAAUAACUGUGUUUUAUUCGUUCCAGAUGAUAAAGACAACCUUUACAAGACACGAGAUCUCGGUGCUGACUUCACACAAAGCAGUUGUGUUGCGAGUUACGGUAGCUGGCUCUUGAUGUUAGACCACUUUCAGAAUCUAUACAUUAUCAAUCCAUUGAGGUUAGAGAGAAUUGAUCUACCACAUUCUUACUUAUCUAAAAAAGACAUUAUCAGACCAUGCCCAGCUUGUCUCUGGAUAGACAGCAUAACCAAAAAUUACCUAGUCGUUUGGAUCGUGCGUCACGGUAUGGUUUACACUAGGAAAGGUGAUGGUAGGUGGAGAACCGGUAGCAUUGGUCCCGUUCAAGAUGCUGAAAAAAAUUUCUAUAACUGGAAAGAUCAAAAGGUAUACAUUACUACCAACUUUUCUCGUGAAGUCUUUAUUUGGGAUUUCUCCGAUGAUAUCCCACGCCAAAGUGGGUCUCUUUUACCUUUCAGUAUAUAUGCCCUUCGCGAUGAUGGCCCUAUCCAUUGGGCUAGGGUUUUGUACUUCGAUAGUAUGAUUGCAACCACGGUAACUGGACAAGUUCUGUUUGUAGCUUGUCUGUUUCAGGACUCCAGAUGGAAGUUCUGCAUGUGCGGGUACGAUCCUCUGAAUAAGACAUGGGAAAAAGUGGAAGAUUUAGGUGAUGAGGCUCUAAUCUGGAACACGGGUUUCACUGUUGUCGCUAAAGAUAUCCCUGGGCUGAAGAGAAACUCUAUCUAUUUCAGUGGCAACAGCAGUCAUCAUAGAACCGAACAUAUAUUUGUCUAUGAUCUCGGCACCCGAACCACAGAGCGUUUGCCACAAUGGGUUGUCUCAUCAGUAGGCUUCUCCUCUUAUGCUAGAUGGUUCUUCCCGGAUAUCACUUGUUAAUCAGACUCGUUUCUGCUUCCUUUGAGGAUUUUUUUUUCUUUUUCUUUUGGUUCUAAACCUAACUAAUAUGUUGUUUUUUAUAUUUUUGUCCUCUGAUUGUUAAUAUACGUAUUAUUUAUUCGUUUUUU